UCUCGUGUUGUUGUCAAACGCCUUAGAUAUUUGAAGCCAAUUACUUUGCCCUCAUACCUUGUAGGCAAAUUGGCAGGAACAUUUUAAAGCACUUAGCCUACGGAAAAGGAGCUGCAAAUACUAUUUUUAGAAAUGAGUGUUUUAAUGGGAAUUUUCUGCCGGCUGUUGCUUUCCUCCAAUCCCAAACCGGAAAUAUACCUGCCAACGGGAAGCGAUUGCCUACAAGAGCCACUAACCGUUACUGCCUCCGACUGCUGGAAUCCCAUUUGCGUCAAACUUGAUACAGAGGAAUCUACUAAUGAGUUGUUGGAUGUAUACCACAUAUUACCCCUUUUCAAUAUGUCAUCAGAUUCCUACACUUGCCUGACACCAGAAUGUACCAAAGCAGCUGCCAAUAUAUUGUCCAGCUUGGAUGUUACUACUCAGCCUUGCGAUGACUUCUAUCAAUUCGUCUGUGGUGGUUGGUUAGACAAGCACUUUCUCUCCGAAGACAAAAGCGAUGUUUCCGUUAUUUCCAAACUUCGGCAUGAACUAAACCUUAGAAUCAAAAAUCUCUUAGAAAGAGAAACAAUAGAAAACGAACCUGAUUUUAUAACCAUGAUAAAAGGAAUGUAUGAUUCCUGUAUGUGUAUUGAACGCAUCGAGCGGGAUGGCAGCGAACCUCUGAAGGAGAUUUUGAGAGAUCUUGGAGGUUGGCCGGUGGUGGAAGGAAGUAACUGGAAUGAAACCUCCUUCGAUUGGAUGGAUACAGUGAGCUUGAUGAGCAGAAUGGGUUACAGUCACAACAUUCUGAUGAGGUUAUCCGUUGGGAAGGACGACAGGAACAACACAGCUCUCAUCAUAAAGCUGGACCAACCAUCCUUAGGCAUGCCAGAUCGUAGGUUUCUGAUGCAAGGAUUGAAUGAUCCCGCGGUGGCUGCUUAUUUCAAAUUGAUGGUAAAAGCAGCACGCAAGUUGGGUGCAAAAAAACGUUCCUCCAAAAAAGAACUAAAAGAAGCGUUAAAGUUCGAAAUCACGCUCGCCAAUUUUUCUUUGCCACGAGAAGAAAGACGGAACUUUACUAGCAUGUAUAACAAAUACACGGUUAAGAAGCUUAUAGAUGAUUUACCUCAGAUUCGCUGGCUUAAAUAUUUCAAUGGACUGCUGACAGAUAAUAUCACUGAAACUGAAACUUUGAUUGUUGUUGCUCCAGCGUUCGUGGAGAGGUUCGCAGACUUCAUCAAUAAAACAAAUAAGAGAGUAAUUGCCAACUAUAUGAUGUGGACGGUUGUUCAGCAGUCCUUUUCAUUAUUAUCGAAUGACUGGCGGAAUCUACCUCAGGAAUAUUUUUCAGUCAUCUCAGGAAAAAGCAAGGAAACACCUCGUUGGGAGCAUUGUGUUUAUUCUAUUAAAAAGUAUUUUGGUUUGGCCGUAGACGCUUAUUAUAAAAAAAACUACGCCGAUGACAGCACUGAAGAAUUCGCAGAAUUCAUGAUUGGCUAUAUUCUUGAGUAUCUCCCAAGUAUGCUGGAAAAAACUAAUUGGCUGAGUGAAAGAACUAAGACUGCAGCCGUAGAAAAGGCCACUGCAUUAACUUAUCGGAUUGGAUUACCUGAUGUGUUUCUGAAUGAUUCUAUUGUCUCUGAUCAGUAUAAAAAUUUGCAAUUUGGCAACGAAAAUUAUUUCAUGAAAAUACUAAAAGUGCGCAGAUGGUUAACCUAUUCCUCGUUGUCUAGUCUUCGAAAACCUUUUGUAAAAGAAGCAUGGAUGGAACAUACAAGAGAAACUGACGCAAAUGCUUAUUAUGAUAUAUACAGGAACCUCAUUGUUUUUAAUCCAGGACUUUUACUCUCUCCCCUAUUCGACAAGAAUCGACCAUAUUAUUUGAAUUUUGGAGCCCUUGGUUCUUUGGCUGGUCACGAAAUGAUGCACGGAUUCGAUGAUGAAGGUCGGCAGUUUAAUAAAGUUGGUAAUAAUGUCAACUGGUGGGAUAGAGAAUCAGAUGAGAUUUUCAGGACGAAAGCCCAGUGUAUCAUAGAGCAGUAUGGUAACUACACUGCUGAAAAUGGACUACAGCUAAACGGCAUUACGACACAGGGAGAAAAUAUAGCUGACAACGGAGGUCUCAGAUUAGCUUACCAGAGCUAUAAAAGAGCGACAAUUGAACUAGGAUCUGAACGAAUGCUGCCUGGACUCAACUAUACUACUAGUCAGUUGUUCUGGAUAAGUGCAGCACAGGUAAUGUGCAAUAAAAUGACCCCAGAACUUCAAAAGUUAAGCAUUCUCUCUGACUCGCAUACACUACGUAAGUUUAGAGCAAUAGGACCCAUGUCUAAUCUACCAGAGUUUGCAGAAGACUUUCAGUGUAAUACAUAUUCACAAAUGAAUCGAGAAACCAAAUGCCGAGUUUGGUAGGAAUAUCAUCAAUUCAUUUCAACCAACAUUUCAGAAAUAAAUUUCUUAGAUAUUUGUAUUCACUCUUUGCUGUUAUUAUUAUAAGACAAGACAAGAGUUGUACACAGAUCUACAAUUGUAUCUGGUUUCUUUUAAUUAAAUAACAUACUGGA